AUGACCUAUAUCUGGAGGAGGGCCAGGACCCUGCUAGAAUCUGGUGAUGAGUCUCCUACAGGUGGAGAUGAUCUGACAAUAACCCACAUCAGCAGAGAGAAACAUGGAGACAUCUACAGCUGCCAGGCCGUGGAGGAGGGGCUGGAGUCUGACUGGAGUCACGGACAUGUACUGGAUGUUCUCUAUGGGCCUGACCAGAUACAGUUUGACGGCACAAGUGACAAGCUGGAGGUAGAAGAAGGGAAACCUGUAACAGUGAGAUGUUCUGCUGACUGUAACCCUGCCUGUACUGUAACCUGGUGGACCAUCUCCAGACAGACGGUGAUUACAGGACAGGGGGAGGCUGUGUUGUCUGUACCAGCUGUAGAUGUAUCUGUGUCUGGACUGUACACAUGUCACGUCAACAACACACAUGGGGGUGCAUCACGGAACCUGACGCUAGACAUACAAUUUCCAGAUGACGGACCCCAAGUAUCCCUCGUCUUGUAUGCAGCGCCCUCUGCUCUCCUGGUCCUGGCUGUGUCUCUCCUUGUCUGUGUGAUACGUAGAUGCCGAAGACGGAGAGAACUUCGGAAAUUAAGGUAUGCUGCCUACCUGACCGUACUGAACAACAGAGUGUCGUUUGUCAGCAGUGAGUCCCCCUACGCUAGAGUCCAUGACGAGGGUGUCAGCUUGUCCCACUCCGGCAUGAGGCAAGCCACCUACCUUGUUACACUAUUGGGUGUGCAUAGAAUAAUAUCACCAUAUUAUUCUCAGUGGACCGAGAAACUAUAA